UCUGGCACCAGUUGUUUCGAAAACAUUUUUUUUCUCUGACAGGCAACAUGGAAUGGGAGGAACCGCAGCAGAAAUAGGUAAAAGGUGAGCACCAGGUAUUUAAUUUAAUUAAUUUGAUUUAAUUUAAUUAACUGAAUUUAAUGUCAAAUUUUUAUGAAGAACCAGAGUGUUGCCUUAGUAUGGCUGCAGGGGCAACUAUUGUUUAUUGCUAGCUUCUAGAUGUAAAUUCCCUGUGCUUGGACUUGUAAAGUCUCAUUGACUCAUCAAGUCUCAGCUUUCUCCAGUUUUAAUUAGAUGUCUGCUAAUUAUCAGUAGGAAUUGUUCUCAUGGGAUGGCACUGUUAUUUGUUAACAUAGGUUGGGCUAUAUAAACCAUAGCCUAAGCUUAUAUGACUAAACAUUUUACCGUUACCACUACUGGUCUUGUAAACUCCUGAAAGCACGAAGAAGGAGACAUCCCCAUCCAUGCACGAGAUAACAGUUUGAUACUUUAAACUGUACACAGUCAUGGGAUGGCAGCAGAGGACUACUUUACGUUCAAUAUGCAGCCGUACUCUUGGCCACACUAGCGCUCAUGGAGUGCCGAACAUCAUACAUUCUCAGAAUCGAUGGAGGAGCUGCUGCUGGGCAGCUUUUGUGUUUCUGGUAUUGGGCUGCAUGUUAUGGCAAUGUAGUCAGCUAACUGCCACCUACCUGCAAUAUCCCACACAAGAGAAGGUCACCCUUGUGAACAGCCCCAGGCUUCCAUUCCCAGCCAUCACUUUUUGCAACCUUAAUCGUGCUCGCAAGUCCCAGCUGAAUUUCUCAAGAUACAAGGCUCUGAAUGACCAGUUGUCAUUGAUGUCAAAUCAUGAAAGGGAAUAUGGUCCAAUCGGCAAUUCAAAAGAAAGGAACUUUGCCUUUGCCAUGUCUCAGCUAAGUACCCAGGAGCAGAUGGCUUUAGGACACCAGCUACAAGACAUGCUGAUUUCCUGUGUCUUCCAUGAUGAGUCCUGCAAUGAAAGCUUCUUCACUCCUUUCUUGAAUCCCAAGCUUGGCAACUGUUAUACCUUCAAUGGAAGAAAUGAUUCAGUGAGAAGAGAAGAUGAGGUCCUAAAUGCCACCAAGGCCGGCUUCAGUUAUGGUCUGACAAUGGAGCUGUAUAUUGAGCAGCAUGAGUAUCUCAGAAGCCUGAGCACAGCGGCUGGACUGAGAGUGGUCCUGCAUGGACAAGGGAAGAUGCCCUUCCCCGAGGAUGAGGGAGUCAAUGUCCCCCCUGGACAGGAGUCGGAUAUUGGCAUAGUCAAGGUUCACGUUAAGCGUCUGCAAGAGCCAUACAACAGUCGCUGCAGUAGUGGCCAAAGCAUAAAAAAUUAUUAUGCUGAUGUUUACGGCAAAGACUAUAGUAGAGAGGCCUGCAUGAAGAGUUGUGCUCAGACCAAAAUGAUCAAAAAUUGUGGCUGCAGAGUGUGGGAAUUCCCAGCACCCCCCGGGUUGGAUGUACCUCUGUGUAACAUCAGUGAGCCUUCUGUGAAUAACUGUGUGGUGAAGUAUGAAUAUAAACUAUCCCACGACCAACUCAAAUGUCACUGUCCUCUUCAGUGUGAUGAGGAGAUUUUUGAACUUACUCUGUCUUCCUCCCAAUGGCCCAGCAAUACCUACCUGGAUGCCUUCUCAAAGCGUCUAGAAAGUAGGAGAGGGCACCUUGACGUUCAAACUAUUAGAGACAAUGUAGUAAAGGUUGUGGUGUAUUACCAGCAGCUAAAUUAUGAACUAAUAAAAGAAGUUCCUUCAAUGCAGCUUGUUGAUCUGUUCUCAAGUAUCGGAGGACUAGUGGGCCUUUGGAUUGGGGUCUCCGUCUGUACGGUGGCUGAGUUUCUCGAACUGAUACUAAAUAUAUUGACAUUUGUCAUUAUUUGCAUCCCAAAUCGGAAAGAAGAGUGUCCACAGAAUCCAUACACUAUCUCAGACCCUCAGGCUAAAUCUUAUUCACCUGCGCUUUCUUCUGAUCACUGCCUUUUGUGGGAUUCUGUUGAAGAUGUCUCCAGCUUGCUCCGUAACAGCGUUAAGGAUGAUACAACCUUGCACAACCCCUACCAGAGCUGUGAAAAAGUAAAUGAUUCCAUCUACAGUGUUUAGGCUACAAGUUGGCUUUAGAAAUACAGUUAAAACAUGUUCUGUUCUGAGAAUUUGUUUGCCAAGGAUACUAUCAUUACUGCGCAAGCUAGCCCUCACACAGAGAACCUGGAAUCUAGAUACUGUCUGUAGAAAUGUAAAAAAUCUGUAUAAAAUAAUAUUGGGGUAGAUAAAUAAAACUGCCUGUGUCAAAAAACUGGAGCACUUUGUGCCAAAAAAGACCUUCACCAUAUUUUUAGGGUGUUGUACACACAUUAGUGCUUUGCUCAACAAAAUAGGUAUAGCUUAAAUGGGAACUCUGCCCCUAGACAUCUUAUCCCCUAUCCAAAGGAUCUCCCUGCGGCACCCAGCACUUGUUUAGAGUGUC